AUGCCCGAAUCCAGCGCGCGCUCCCGCGACGCCGUCUCCGGCUCGUCCGACGUGUUGUCGAGCAGCAAUCGCGGUCGACGCAAGCGCGCGCGCGCGGCGGACGACGUCACGGGACCGAGUUUGUUGGGCUUCGUGCAGGUGGACGUGCGGUCGCUCGACGCCGCCGCGGUGCGCGCGCCCAAGUACGAGGAGCCGUUGGAGUGCGGACAGGUGAGCAAGAGACGGGACGAACGAUUGACGACGUACGACGCGACGAAUUUGCGGCGGCUGCGCGGCGUCAACGCCGGCGCGGGCGCGGAUCUCAAUCAAGGAUUCGGCACGUUUCGAGAUCGCGAUCGGCGAGAGAUUUAUCCGGCGCCCGUGCACGUGAUAUUUGGUGCGAUCGAGGCGAGCGGGCAGACUAAAGUGUUAGAAGACGUGGACGUGAUCACGUGGCGAGGAAACAUGAGCAAGUUGCUGACGACGGCGUGGAACGUCUCCGAGGCUUGGACGAUGGAGGCCGAAUUGGUCAACAACAGGACGAUCGUUUUGAACGUCAAAGAAACGGAGGAAGGGUUGCGAAAGGCGCUCACUCGCGACGGGAGAGACGAGCGGAUGUGUUACUGGGGAUACGCUUUCGAGGAGGCCGCGUGCUCGGAGAAGCCGUUCGAGGAACCGGUGGAUUGCAUGGAAUGUUUUUGCUGCGUCGUCAAGACGAAAAUGGGUGAUUUAAACGUCUUAAUGGCUGGAGAAGUCGAUUGUUUCGAAGGUGACGCCGAGCUGGCGAAUUACGUCGAGUUAAAGACGUCGAGGGUGAUGAACGACGAGCGACAGGUGAAACGUUUUGAAAAAGAAAAGCUCUUGAAGUGGUGGGCGCAGUCGUUCGCGCUGGGUGUAAGGAGAAUAAUGGUUGGAUUUCGCGACGACCACGGGCGCGUGGUGAAAACGCAAAUGUUAGAGACGCUCAAGUUACCGGGAUACGUCGUCAAGCAUGCGAACUCGUGGACGCCCAAGGACGCUCUUCGAUGCGCGUCAGCGGUGCUGACGAAGCUCAAAGAGUUACUCGCCGACGAACCCAGCGGGACGCGAGUGCGAGUUGAGUACGAACCGAAAAAGGCGAAGCAUCGCGUGAAUUUCAUUCGAGAUGAUUCGAUCCCUGACUUUUUACCCGCCGACGCGCGCGCGAAACUCAUGAACGACGGGUCCUGGCGCGAGAGAGGACCGCAGCCUACCGCGAGGCCAACUUCCGCUUCGGAGCCGCCGCGAGAUGCGCCAGCGCCCGAACUUUCGGAAACUGCGUCCGCGAUGAGCAUUCGGGCGCGAACAGAGGGCAGAACGAACAGAAUAGAGUACAUCCGCUCGCUCGGACCGGCGGCGCUUUUGUACAUGCAAGGCAAAGACCCUCGAAGAACGUUGCGAGGACGCGUGGACGACGACACGAUGGGUGGUAUCGGCAUCGACCCUUCGAUUUGGAUACAACAAAAAGCCAACUACACCGGUAUCGACGCCCAAACGAGCCCACAGAUGAUGAAUUAUGAUCACAAAGCGGCGCCGGCGUCGUCGGCGAAAUCGAGCGGCGCGCGGCGCGCAAGUUCUUCCGGUGUCGGCGACGCGCACGAUCGCGCGUCAACGGAAAAUAGCGAUCGCGAAAACUCACAAAAUUGA